CGGGUACGCGGGCAGGCUUAGCCGGCCCCCUUCCUGCAGGAAGUAAAUGAAACGUCCGGGUCAAUGGCAGCAAACACGACGACGGGGGCGGGACGGGGAGCCAGAGGCAGCAGAGGAGCGGGGCGGGCAGAGCCUGCGGGGAGCUGGACACCUGCGGUCCCCGACCUCCCCGGAGUGCCAUGUGCAUAGGACAUGAGGCGCUCUGCCGCGCCUGCUGCCCCCGUGCAUAGCCCGCUGCGGGCAGCAUCUGCUGGGCCGGCCGGAUCCUGGGGCUGCGGCUUCUCUCGGCCCCCGAGCUGCGCGGCUCAGCCGUAAAGUCUCUGCCACAGCUGCCGCCCGUUCCCAGGAGGAGCAGGAUGCUGCACGGAGCCUGGCCCUAAGCUAUGGAAGGAGUCCUGUACAAGUGGACCAAUUACCUGACAGGUUGGCAGCCUCGCUGGUUUGUUUUAGACAAUGGAAUAUUGUCCUACUAUGAUUCACAGGAUGAUGUUUGCAAAGGCAGUAAAGGAAGUAUAAAGAUGGCAGUAUGUGAAAUUAAAGUUCAUCCAACAGACAACACAAGAAUGGAGUUAAUCAUCCCAGGGGAACAGCAUUUUUAUAUGAAAGCAGUUAAUGCAGCUGAGAGGCAAAGAUGGCUGGUAGCACUGGGUAGUUCUAAAGCCUGUUUGACAGACACCAGAACAAAAAAAGAAAAAGAAAUUAGUGAAACCAAUGAAUCUCUAAAGACCAAAAUGUCCGAACUUCGCCUCUACUGUGAUCUCUUAAUGCAGCAAGUUCAUACAAUACAAGAAUUUGUUCACCAUGAUGAGAGUCGCUCAUCUCCCAGCAUUGAGAACAUGAAUGAAGCCUCCUCCUUGCUCAGUGCCACAUGUAACACAUUUAUUACAACACUUGAAGAAUGUGUGAAGAUAGCUAAUGCCAAGUUUAAGCCAGAGAUGUUUCAGCUGCCUCAUCCAGAUCCCUUAGUUUCUCCUGUGUCACCUUCACCUAUUCAAAUGAUGAAACGCUCCAUUAGCCAUCCUGGUACAUACAGUUCAGGGAGUAGUAAUGCCACAAAAGAACCAAUUUCUUCAUUCCACCGGUUAUCCCAACGACGCAGAAGAACAUACUCUGAUACAGAAUCCUGUAAUGAUAUUCCUCUUGAAGAUACAGAGAGACCUGCUCACUGUUCCAGAAGUGCUCUCAAUGGACACUUGGCACCAUCAACCAUUCCUGAAGAAAACAGAUCAGUUUCAAAGAAAAGACCUGAAUUGGAAGAGACUCUUCCAUCCUCUUCUUCCUGAAGAAACUGCAGUAUUUCUAUAAGUAAUGCUAUGCAAAAGCUGCUGUAAUUAUAUUAUUGUUAUAGGGAGUAGUUAUUUCCCUUUUAGAAGGAUUUUUCUGCACUUUAUAGAAUAAUGUAAAAACUAACUUUGAAGUGUAUUUUAUCUUUAUAUAGUUUUAUUUGCAAGAGUAUUUUCCUAAUGACUUCACAGUUUGAAUGUGCAUUUUUUUGGAACAAAUGAUGGCUUAACAGAUAGGCAUCUGCAUUUGUAAGUGUAGCUCUUUUCUAAACAGUGUGUUAGUCUGAGAGUUUAACAAACCUGCAGAUUUUAAAUCUUGAAGAAGGUUUCCGAUGGGGUGGGGGGGUAUGAUGUCACUUGUGCCAUGGACCAGCUGGUCAUUUGUACAAAGUUAGGAUCUGGUCUUGCAGUCCUUGUGCACUCACUGUUCUCCUUGAAUGGGAAUUUUGCUUGUGUAAGAAGUAGGGGAUUGAGUCCCUAAUAGGUUACUGUAGCAGCUUGAUGGUAAUUUUAAUAUUGCCUUCCUUUAAAAACACAAGGAUAUACAUAAUCUGGUCCUUAUUUUUAGCCAGUUGAAAGUAGAAAUAUCUCAUGUAUUUUUCUAAAGAAAUGUAUAAAAAGUAACUUAUCUGCAUAUGAAGCAUUUGUACCAAACAUUGGGUAUUUAACAAUUUUUAUUUAUUUAUUUUUUUGCAUAAACAAUUUCUACUUACUUCAUUACUAAAGGUCUACAGGCUUCAAGAUGUACACAAAUUGUUGCUGAGGUGUGUAGCAUCACUGAAUAGCUAAUGCAGUACUGUUUACAUUUACUCUGCUCAUUUCAAGUAAGACACAUUUUUAACAAAGUAUUAUUUUAGUGUUUGCUUCUAAAAUAGACUGUUAAACUACUGUUGUAAGUAUAAAUAUUUGUAUCUCUACAUACUUUAUUUAUAAUGUAUUUAUACAAAAGGGGACUUCUGUUUAUUAUGACUCCUAUAUAUCACUUCACUAUGGCAUAAAUGUAGAGCUAGAAUCUGAUCUCAGUUAUACUUGUGAAAACUAUCAGAGGGUUAGCAGUGGUAGUCUGGAUCUGUAAAAAGCAACAGAGAGUCCUGUGGCACCUUAUAGACUAACAGACGUAUUGGAACAUAAGCUUUUGUAGAUGAAUACUCACUUCAUCAGAUGAAUGUAGUGGAAAUUUCCAGAGGCGGGUAUAAAUAUGCAGGCAAGAAUCAGUCUAGAAAUAACGCGGUUGGUUCAAUCAGGGAGGAUGAGGCCCUCUUCUAGCAGUUGAAGUGCGAACACCAAGGGAGGAGAAACUGCUUUUGUAGUUGGCUAGCCAUUCACAGUCUUUGUUUAAUCAAAUUUGGUGUCAAUUUGGUGUCAACACCUCAAGUGCUAGAAGAGGGCCUCAUCCUCCCUGAUUGAACCAACCGUGUUAUCUCUAGACUGAUUCUUUCCUGCAUAUUUAUACCUGCCUCUGGAAAUUUCCACUACAUUCAUCUGAUGAAGUGGGUAUUCACCCACGAAAGCUUAUGCUCCAAUGCGUCUGUUAGUCUAUAAGGUGCCACAGGACUCUUUGUCACUUUUUACUUGUGUAAAUGUGCAUUAGCUGUAAAUUAGAUCAGAAUCUGGCCCUCUAAUUACUGAAUUAAUAAUAUAGGAUAGCAGUGCCUGCUAUUACCUCUCUCUCAUAUAAGGUUGUUAGUGUUUGCUUUGUAAACUCUUGUUUUUUGUGUUCACUUUGAGACAAACUUGGUCUAUAAGUCUUAGCCAUAGAGUACUUUUAAAAAAAGUUGCUGUUUUUAAUUUACACAAUUGGUUAAUAAAUGUACAGUUUUUUGCAUUCAA